CAUUGAAGGCCUCGGGUGGAGAUAUAGAGAAAGCUACGGAUUGGAUAUUUAGCCACCCAGAUGCUUGCAGCUCAGUGGAUAUGGAUGCUACAACAAGCAGUGAACAGAGUUCCAUUGAUCCAGAACUGCCUGAUGGGGGAGGAAGAUACAAGCUUAUGGCAAUAGUGAGUCACAUGGGCACUUCUACCCAAUGCGGUUACUAUGUCGCACAUGUGUACAAAGAUGGGAGAUGGGUCAUCUUCAAUGACAACAAGGUUGGGGCAUCCAUCGACCCUCCUAAGGACAUGGGCUACUUGUACUUUUUUGAGAGAAUGGAUGGUUAAAGAGUACAGAAGUGAUUGCUCGAUGCUGAAAGCUCAUAGGAAUCCCGGUUAUUGUUGAUUGAAGAAUGGCUGCAAUUUGUUUUUAUCAGCCACAGGGAUGCUCUGUUGGUUUUCAAGUGCUCUGGUUCACAUCAACAAUGACUUUUGAUACACCCGCUCCUUAGUGGGAAUAAAACAGAAUUCCUUUUCAUCUCUCGCUCGUCUGCUUCUUAAUUGUAGUUGUGUUUGGACGUCCCUGGAAACGCAGGUUGGUGGGGUCAUUUUCAACCCAAAUUCGAUUUGUUUUCAGGUAGGAGCUGAAAUGGCAUUUGAUAUUGGUUUUGUGGCUUUGAA